AUGGAGAACCCGUACGAUAAAGUGCAGAGUAACAUCCUGUCGCGGAUAAUAGCGAAUGUCGAGCGAUUGAACCAGUCCGUAGUGACGCUGAACCAGGAGCUGGCGACCGUGACGCAAAAGAACAAGCAACUGGAGACGAUCGGCACGAUCUGCGAGAACUACUCCAGCAGCAUGCAGUUCAACUUGGAGACUACGGGCCACAUGAGGCCGCCCAACGGCGACGCCGACUGA